AUGACUUCAGCGGUUGCAUCGAACGAGACGAAUAGCAACAAAGGAAACGCAGAAACAGAUGAAACUGCAGAAAAGGGGAGCACUUCAAAAGAAGACGGCAAACGAGAAGAAUCGAAAGGUAUCGAGUUGACGUUCGGUCCGAUGCCGUCAGCAGAUGAAUGCCAGGUGAGCGAUGAGGUGUUGCUGAUGCAACCGUCGAAUACAAAAGCGAUCGGCAAAGAGAGCGGUGGGGAUGCGGAUGAUGAGGACGUUCCCCCGUGGAGGUACGGUCCUGCACGAAUAUGGUAUGAUCGAAUGAAUCUUCCAGCGAAUCCGACGCAUUUCGAUUACGGUUUUAAAGUUAAGCGUGAAACGAAGGCGCAUUCGAAGAGUGCUAUAAAGGAGGAGAAAACAGACGAUGAGAAAGAGAAAGGACUGGCCGCAGCGGAUCCGUUUCCCCCGGAGACAUUUCUACCGGUGAAUUUACUGCGUUGGGAGGAUGAUAUAAUAAUUGAUGGUGAACAAGUUCGUUCACAGGUGCUGAAACGAUUAGCAAGUGGUAAAUUACCGGAGUACGGAUGGGUGCCAACACAGCAAACACGAAACUAUGAAUCAUUCUUGGCUGCAUUAAAGAGUAACGCAUUCGAGCAAAUGUUUGCUAAGCCAGGCACAGUUGUACCCACUCGAGCGAUGGCUGACUUAGAUUUUCCGAAGGAGCCAACUAUGGCGCAUUCGAUAUUCCCAAUGGACAAUUAUGAUCUAAUCAAUACCAGAUGGGAGGACGAUAUUAUUUGGGAUUCGGAGAACAUGACACAUAUUCCAGAGCCGCACAUUCUAACGUUGGACUAUCAUGACGAUCCGAAGAUCUUCGGCAUGCCCGAAGACAAGGCACCAGAAGAGAAACCGCUAGAUGCUGACGGCACACCUGCACCGAAGCCAUUCGAUCGAAAAGAGCAUCAGUUCACAAAGAAGUCGAAAAUGAUAUUGGGUCAAGUGCAGCAACGUCAGAAGCAAGAAGAGGACGAGCAGAUGGAAAGCUCAAUGGCGCAAUUGACCGAUAAGGAUCCGUUCAAUUUGAGUAACGAUGAAUACUAUUUGCCAAAAAAUACCGGAAGAAGUGUGAGCAACAUCUCAAGUGGUUCACUAAUCCAGCACUCAAUACCAGCGCAGAAUAUACAUCGUACCUUCUUCCCUACUCAUUUGAAUCCGUUCAAAUUGCGACAUUAUCAUCGUUUACCACUGCCAAAACGAAUACUGCGCACGAUUGGCACGAAAUACGUACCCAUCAAAACGCUCACUAAACUUAUCAAGGAGAAAGAAGAGGUGAGUGACAUUAUGACAGCUUUUAUUGAGAAUGUGUGUACUGCGAAAGUUGUUCGUGUCAUUCAUUCCCUUCAGCUAAUGUUCACUUGA